AUGGGACUUCCUUGUCCUUGGCGGCCGCCACUUCGCUCUCGGUUCGUUUUCCGCUGGUCUCUCAUGUGGCUCCGCCGUGUCCUCCGCAUCCUUCCCGCCGGCGGCGAAGCCUUCUCCUCGAAAUCCGCGGUUCGACGCAGCAGCGACACCGCCGCCACGUCAAAUGCGAUCGCUACCCUCGUCGCCGCGGCCGGUGGCGGCGGUGUCGGGAUCAGCAGCCUGGAGGCCGACCUCGACCGCCUCGACCCGCCCCUCUCGGACGCCGUCGUGUCGGACACCCUCCGGGCGCUCACGGAGCGCGGCGUCCCCGCGUGCCGCUUCUUCGCCUGGCUCUCCCAGCACAGAGGCGUCUCCCCGAGCGCCCGCGCCCACAACCUGCUCGUCGAGAACGCCGGCAGGCUGGCCGACUACCCGGCCAUGGCCCGCGCCCUCGCGCGUGUCUCGGAGCGGCGCCUCUCCCUCACCGAGCAGGCGUUCGCGUUCCUGAGGGCGUCCUCCUCCGGGAGCAGCGUGGAUGGCGCGGCGAAGGCGACCCUACAAACCUUGGACGCCACCGGCGGGCCGUGCCGCGCGUCCGGCGUGUUCUCGCUGGUCAAGGCCCUGGCAUCGGCCGGCGAGUUCGACGCGGCCGUGUGGGUGAUCGAGGAGACGGCGAGGAGGGCGAGCUACUACAACGUCCUCCUGGCUGCCAAGUGCAGGGCCGGAGAUUUCCAGGGCGCCCGAGAGGUGUUCGACGAAAUGAGGAAGGGGAAAUGCGACCCAAAUUCCAACUCCUGGAACUACCUCCUCGGGUGCCUGCUCAAGAACGGAAGGGCCACCGAAGCGUGCGACCUCGUCGAGGCCAUGGAAAGGCCUGAACACGACGGUGUCCCGAACUCGCUGACUUACGAGAUCCUCGCGUGCCACGCCUGUAAAGCGGGAAAGAUGGAUUCGGCGAGGCGGAUUCUCGACCAGAUGUUCUUGGAAAAGCUGACGCCAAGGAUUACAAUUCACACUGCCUUCAUCAAAGGGUACUUCUGUACCGGGAGAAUGGAAGAUGCUUGCGAGUAUGUCAGGGCUAUGAGCACCAGGGACAGGUGCUCUGUCAACAGGAACUACAGCUUGCUCGCCAAGCUGUUCCGGAAGUCAGGUAGGACCGUCGAGGCUGGAAGGGUCCUGUACGAGUUGAUGAUGAUGGGUCUCAGGCCUGACCAUUCUUCUUAUGUUAAGGUGGCAAAAGAUUUGCAUAAGAUGGGCAGGGGAGACCUGGCUGCUGAAUUGAAGACCUUGUAUCAGGGGUUUGUUGUACAGACAGGUUUGGAGCGCUGAUUUCUUUUGUUCUUCUGUCAAGGCACUUAGAUGGGUCAAAUUUGUUUGCCAAAGAAGACAUUUCAUCUGCGGUUGGUGCCCUUCACUCGUCUCUAUCCCAUGUGGGAGUCGAUAAACUUUGCUGCAACUCAAAAGGACGUCUCCUACUCUGUACAGAGAAGAAAAAAUUAAUUAUCUCUGAGAAAGCCAGAUAUUGAUGAAACAAAUACAUAAAUGUGUGAGACAGCUGGUGCAGAUCCAUGUCACUGUGAACUUGAUCAAAACAUAUUUGGUCUGCUGCUUGAUGAUUAGUGCUGUCUCGGUGUCUCCUAUGCCAUCAGCUGGAUGAAGAUAAAGGGCAUCUGUUUCUGAAAUGGACGAAGGUUCAGCUGGCGAGGCAAACGAUGUGGUGGAUGAGUUGUGGAAACUGUUUGAAGAAAAGAGGAUAUAAAUAGCAACCAUGGGGUAGUGUUGUGGCAUCAGCGCAAUAGAGUGCCGGAAGGGGAGCGACCCCUGAAAGCAGCUGACAUUGCACAUCGCGCUUUGUGUUCUGCUCCGUAGUCUAUGCAAGUGUCUAAAAGGAACAAGCAGGAUGACAGGGAGAUUGUGGAGAAUCGGCAGCCACCAACAAAAGAUGUCCUUCAAUUCAGUGUGGACAGGGACUGUGGGACAGACCCACGGGGGACGAGUGUGGUUGCCAGUGAUUACCAGGGCAUGGUUGUUGCUGCUUGGGCUGGACGACAAGAGCACAUAGGGAGUGCUUUCACAGCUAAAUUGCCAGCAGUGGAGGAGGCGAUCAGUCUGGCCACGGCACUAGCCACUAGGUGCCAUUUGAACUGAAGUGGAAACUGAUACUCAGCUGCUCAUGUUAGCUUUGAAUCGCCAUUUCCAGGGAGGCUUCAAUCAUCGAUGAGCUAAUGAUUGAUUCAAUGUAAGACGUGGUUCUAAUCAUGUGAGGUCAAAUUCUGCAGAAGGAAAGCUAACAAUGUGGUGUGCGAGCUUACCCAGAUCGGCUAUCGAUGUGUACUGGCAUCUAUUGCUGAAACUAUGUCCAGGCGAUAUGCUCAUGCUUAUUUUGUAAUAAAGCUUUUGAUUUACUGUAAAAAAACAUCUUGGUCUGCUGCUCAAGCAUUUGUCUGUAUCUUUGGCAAACAAAACUAUCAUCUCCUUUCUUGCUUAUAAAAAUCAUCGUUCCU